ACCUUGCCUCCCUCUUCCCUUACUCUCGCCUUUCUUUCUCACUCUCACCCUCUACUUGCGCCCCUUGCAGCUGUUACAAAAUCUGCGAGGGUCGUUGUCUUCCUCUUUUCCCUCCGAGUCCACUGCCGUUGUUUUCCAACCCGAUCCUCAGAUCUGCUGCAGCCCGAGGCACCAAACCGCUCAGCGACACACAAACAGCUUCACGCGCAACUGCACCGAGGCACGCCAGAGCCACCAUCUCUUUGGUUGAUCAACAACACAUUCGCCCGUAAUCCAUUCCUUUACUGAGCACCCAAGUCAAUUGCGAAGCAACACAGUCGCCAGAGACAAGAGAACGCCGUUACGCCCUCUGCGACCCAACUCGACCUGCUGGAUCGAGGAACACUCCCAAUCCCCAACCUCCAGUCCCGCCCGAGCAGCUGCUUACAGCACUACUUUCUGCGCAUCCUCUAUCCUCGGCUUCAUCACAUCAUACAAGGGAUUGUAUCGCCGCCGUCAAAUCUCUCGGUUCGUCUCUCGCCUGGUCUCUCUCGGACCUCGACACACCCCUUUUCCGCUUCAACUACCGACCCGUCCGCACUCUGCCGCACCGCGCCUCAGCAAUGCCCCGUAGAAUUGCGAAUCCCUUCUCGACCUCUCACCCUUCCGCCAUGCCGCUCAACGAGAAAGAAAGAAGACCUUCUCGUUCCGGUAACCGCCUCGCCAAUUUCUUCACCUCUCCCAAGGGUGGCAAGGAUAAGGACCACCAGACAGCCCAGCAAGCCCUCUUGGCCAUGCAGCAGCAAAACAUUUCUUCGACCCAAAUUACUCCCUCGACCAUCUCCCUUCCUACAAUCUCCCUCUCUACCGCUACCGCUGGUGAGCCGGACACCAAUGAACCGCCUACGACCCUCUACUCGCCGCCUUCGGUGGUGGAGACGGAGAAGAAGAGACGCUUCGAUGCUCAAUUCGGUCCCCUCCUCCACCCCAGUCACCGAUACGUGAGCAAGUCCAACGACGGCAAGCCGCUCGACCCCCCCAUCAUCGAUGAGCCGCCCUACUACUAUGUCCUCACCACCUACAUCAGCUACCUGAUCCUCAUCCUCUUCGGCCAUGCUCGCGACUUCUUUGGCAAGCGCUUCGGCGAGAAGAAGCACUACCAGGCCCUCAAGCCCCAGAAUGGAUACGCCCCUUUGAACGAGGACUUUGACAACUUUUACGUCCGUCGUCUGAAGAUGCGUAUUGACGACUGCUUCGCACGUCCCAUUACCGGCGUCCCCGGCCGCUACAUAACCCUCAUGGAUCGCGAGUCGAGAGAUUACAACCGCACUUACAACUACACUGGCACCCACACCGAGACCCUGAACAUGAGCUCCUACAACUAUCUCGGCUUUGCCCAGUCCGAAGGCCCCUGUGCCGAUGCCGUUGAGGAAUGCGUCAAGAGAUACGCUCUCAGCACCUGCAGCCCCCGCGCUGAUGUCGGCACCUCGGACUUGGCUCUAGAGGUCGAGAAGGAAAUCGCCAGCUUCGUGGGCAAACCCGCCUCUAUGGUCUUCUCCAUGGGUUUCGUCACCAAUGCCAGCUCCUUCCCCGCUCUCGUGUCCAAGGGUUGCCUCAUUCUCUCUGACGAAUUGAACCACGCCUCCAUCAGGGUCGGUGCUCGACUCUCUGGUGCCGUCAUUUCUUCCUUCAAGCACAACGAUGUCGUCGAUCUCGAGCGCAAGCUCCGUGAGGCCAUCUCUCAGGGCCAGCCUCGCACACAUCGCCCCUGGAAGAAGAUCCUGGUUGCCGUCGAGGGCUUGUACUCGAUGGAGGGAACCAUGUGCGAUUUGCCCGGUAUCAUGGCUCUCAAGGACAAGUACAAGUUCUACCUCUUCAUCGACGAGGCCCACAGCAUCGGCGCCGUUGGCCCUCGUGGCCGUGGAGUUUGCGACUACUUUGGCGUCGACCCCGCCCGUGUGGACAUCCUCAUGGGUACUCUCACCAAGUCUUUCGGUGCCAACGGUGGCUACGUUGCGGCAGAUAAGAGCAUCAUCGACAAGUUGCGUAGCUCCAACGCCGCGACCAUCUUGGGCGAGUCGCCUGCGCCAUCGGUCCUCAUGCAGAUUCUAGCCUCUCUCCGCCUCAUUACCGGCGAGCUCUGCCCCGGCCAGGGUGCGGAGCGUCUGGAACGUAUUGCCUUCAACUCCCGCUACCUUCGUCUCGGUCUCAAGCGUCUGGGCCUCAUCGUCUACGGCCACGAUGACUCCCCCAUCAUUCCCGUCAUGCUCUACAACCCUGGCAAGAUGCCCGCCUUCAGUCACGAGAUGCUCAAGCGCAAGAUUUCCGUCGUCAUUGUCGGCUACCCCGCAACGCCUCUUAUUAGCUCGCGUGUCCGAUUUUGCGUCUCCUCCGCCCACAACAAGGACGACCUCGAUAGACUCCUUACUGCCGUUCACGAAGUCGCCGACAAGCUCCAGAUCAGAUUCUCCACCGGCAUCGCUGGUGGUCAAGAGCCUCUCCCUGAAGGCGUUACCCCCGAAACAGAGAAAGAGUGGCGCAAGGCCAACGGCUUGGAGGGUGUUUACAAGCCUCCUCGCUGGAGGCUCGAGGAUGUCAUGGCCCGCGGUGUCCAAGAUGCCAAGGCUCGCCUGCGGUAAUUUGCCAGCCCUGUUGGCAAUCGAAGUUGGCGACGGCAACGAAGCGAACGUUUCACGACCGGUCGGACCUUGGGGUCCAGACAAUGACGAGGCGCGAAUUGGACGGGACGAUGAAGCAACGUCUCCUGGAGGAGGGUGAGGGAGUUUGAUGCCUUGUAUUCACUUCUGCCAGCAUCGACGUGUUUACAUGAUACCUGUGAUAUCAAUGUCGAGUGUCUGCUGUUCGUUGUUUAAGGAAGAGCCUGCAUGUGCAUGGCCUUGGCGUUUUGGGAGUAAUGACGGGAAUAGCGAACGAAUUCAUGUGCCACGGCACCGUACCAACAUAACUAGUAGUAUUAGGCUCUGCGGGGCUGAGAAAUAUAGACGACAACUAAGGCAGCUUAGAGUAAUGGACAUACCAUACCCU